CUUCACUCGUCGGUUUCGUUCUUAGCAUAACUGAUGUUCAUUUGACUAAACCAGCAAUUCGUCAUUCCUUAUCAUCCCUCUAAGGAGGAUAUAUGGUAUGCAGGUACCUAAAUAACGAUCUGGGUCGCUUUUACUUUUCAAUUCUAGAAUCUAGAUUGCUUGGUUUUUAGCUGUUAAUGUCUCAUGGAGCUUCUUUCUCCUCCAUCAAUGGAGGGCCUUUCGACAGUCACCUGAGAGGGUCCUGUAUUUUAGAACGCAAAAAUUUGGAAAUCCCACCCGAAAAACUUCACCAGGUGAGUUGAACUCAAGUUACCCUUUUGAGAUUUCUUCGUAUAUCUUUUUUGCGAAUGAAUUAUGAGUUCGUCUUAUUUAGAAAAGGGGUUCUUUCCGGAAGAAGUUGUUCUUCAAAUUCUUUCGAGAUUGCCCAUUAAAUCCCUACUCCGAUGCAAGUCUGUUUGUAAGUCUUGGCGCAGAUUGCUCUCUAACAAGUAUUUUAUUCAAAUCUACAAUGAAGUAUCAUCUAAGAACCCUAUGGUGUUGGUAGAGGUCAUCAAAUCCUUCUACACCAAAUCCACUUUUAUCUGUGUGGAUAGAUUAAUGGGUGUCUCCGAGUUCUCUCUGGAUUUCUUAAAGGAUAGAGUUAAAGUUAGAGCCUCUUGUAAUGGGUUAUUGUGUUGCUCUAGCAUACCCAAUAAGGGUGUAUAUUAUGUCUGCAAUCCAAUGACUCGAGAGUUCAAGCUGCUUCCCAGGACCAGAGAAAGGCCAAUGACUCGGUUCCAUCCUGACGAUGAAGCUACCCUUGUAGGUUUGGCGUUCAAUUUAUCCACCCUGAAAUUCAAUGUCGUCUUAGCUGGUUUUUACCGCCCUUUUGGACGUAGGCCGCUUGAUUCCUUCAUCUGCCUUGUUUUUGAUUCGGAGACCAACACAUGGAGAAGAUCUGUUUCCUCCAGAUCUGACGAAUUCACCCAUAUGAACAAGAAUCAAGUUGUAUUCGUUAGUGGGUCUCUCCACUGGUUGACGUCCAGCUGCUUGUAUAUCCUUGUGCUUGAUUUGGAUAAUGAUGUUUGGAGGAAAAUUCCGUUGCCAGCUGAAGUGAUCGGUAAAGGUGAGACUGGAAGUGGAAGCAGAGUUCAUUUGUUGGAGUUGGGAGGGUCCUUGUCUGUAAUUCAGAUUUCAGAAGCUUGGAUGAGUAUAUGGGUUUUGAAAAACUAUGAGAGAGAGGAAUGGUGUAUGGUGGACAAAGUGAGUCUCAGAUGCAUCAAAGGACUCGUAGCCAGUGUUUUCCCAAUUAGUCAGACUGAGGAAUUCAUGUUAAUGGCGACUCAGAGACAGAUCUUGUUAUACCACCGGAACAACAGAGUUUGGAAGGAGAUGUAUUCUGUGAAGAAUGCUUAUACUUAUCCUUUGUGGUUCUCAGCCCAUGCUUUCCAGAGCACACUUUUCUCUUGUCAUCAAGGUGAAGAAUAGUCUUGAAGAUCUUGUAAAUUUUCUUGACAAUGGAAUUAGCCUUCACCUACUGUAAAUUUCAUUAAUUUUGCUUUGUCGUUCUAUUUUGCAAUGAUCAUCUUGUGCAUAAGUGACUUGGAUUUCUGAUGCCAUUCUUAAGAGAUUUGCCUUUGGUACAAAGUCUUCUCUUUUGACGAGAAUGAAUGAGCAUUAGGAUCAAA